GCGAAACAGCUGUAGCGUGCAACACGUGUUUGGUGGUAUUUGGCUGAUCGUGCUGCGAACAAUAUUUCGCAUAUUCGCGCACGAGGAGUUUACGAGAUGAGGGUCCACGACGACGCGGAUUCCAAAUACAACAUGAUGGGGAAGUCGUCCAAGAUGGCCCUGAAACGGCCCAACACUGUCGUGUUUCACGAAAAAUCCAACAAAGUGCAGAAAAUGAAUGAAAAUAACAAGUGCAACAAUUUUACGAAUGGAACAAAGACUAACGAUAAGGUGAACGUUAGUUUGCAUCAACGAAGAAAAUCAUUGCCCGUCUACAUGCAUCGUAAAAGAUUAUUGGAAGAGAUACGUCGACACUCUACUCUAAUUAUAAUAGGCGAAACCGGCAGCGGUAAGACCACACAGAUUCCGCAGUUGUUGCUUCAGACCGGUAUAGUCGGCACGUCCGGCUGCAUCGGCAUCACGCAACCACGCAGGAUAGCGGCGGUCAGUAUAGCGCGCCGAGUUGCUCAAGAGCAGGGAGUGAAGCUGGGAAAAUUGGUGGGUUACUGCGUACGUUUCGAGGAUUGCACCUCCUCGCAUACGCAGAUAAAAUAUCUGACGGACGGCAUGAUGGUGCGAGAGGCGAUGACUGACGAGAUCCUGUCAGAUUAUUCGGUAGUGAUACUUGACGAAGCUCACGAGCGAUCUGUACAAACCGACGUUCUAUUCGGAGUGACGAGACGAGCGCAGAAUUUGCGAAAGUUAAAGAACCUACCGCCCUUGAAACUUUUGAUUAUGUCAGCCACAAUGGAUCCUAAUAAGUUCAAAGAGUACUUCCAGGCACCAGCCUUGUAUCUGGAGGGUCGUCAACAUCCCGUGAGAAUUUUUCAUGCAGUUUCCACGCAGCAAGACUAUGCAUUCGCUGCACUAGUUACGGCGUUUCAAAUUCAUCGUCAGGUACCUGCAAAUGAGGAUAUUCUGAUUUUCUUGACUGGUCAAGAAGAAAUAGAAGCAGCUGUGAUAGCUGCCCGACAAGUGGCUAAACAAUUGGAUGAACAGAAGUAUCCGCCGCUAAAAGUUUUUCCCUUAUACGCAGCGCUGCCCACUCACCAACAAUUAGAAGCCUUCAAACCUUCGGCACUGGGAAUGCGGAAAUUAAUAUUGUCUACAAACGUCGCUGAAACAUCUGUUACAAUUGGUGGAAUUCGUCAUGUGAUCGAUACCGGUGUUGUCAAAGCGCGAACUUAUCAUCCAACAACGGGAUUAGACAUGUUGAGGGUUGAAAAAAUUUCACAAGCUCAAGCUUGGCAAAGAGCGGGCAGAGCCGCUCGCGAAUCGCCGGGUAGGUGUUAUAGAGCAUAUACCCGAGAAGAAUUCGAGAAGAUGAAGAACAUGCCGGUGCCAGAAAUUCAAAGGUGUUCUCUCGCGGGAGUUGCUCUUCAACUGCUCGCGAUUGGUGUUGAUAUUACUACCUUCGAUUUCAUGGACAAACCACCCAAGGAAGGCGUAGAUGUGGCUGUGAAAUGUUUAGAGAAGCUAGGUGCGGUUAAAGGAUCUCCACCGCAGCUGACUACACUCGGCCGUACGAUGUCAUUAUUCCCAUUAGAUCCUCGAUUUACCAAAGUGAUCCUCGCAUCGGUGGAACACAGGUGUCUAGAGGAAGCACUGACGGUUGUUUCUUUACUAUCAGGGGAAUCGAUUUUUAUGGAUCCACCUACAAAGAGGGAACAAGCUCACAAUGCACGUUCACGAUUUGCUUCGCCUGAGGGAGAUCACGUAACGCUGUUGAAUGUGUUUCGAGCAUACCGAAGUGUUACACAGAAGAAGGUGUGGUGCCACGAGAACUUUUUGCACCAUCGAAAUCUGGAGUACGCGUCGGAAGUAAGGCAACAGCUUGCGGCGCUGGCGGAACGUGCGAAUUUGGAAAAGGCGAGCUGCGGAACGAAUACGAAGCAGCUUAGAAAAGCUUUUCUCGAGGGACUCUACGAGAACCUCGCAGAGUUGCAGAGGGAUCAAACGUACGUCACGGUAUACUCGAAGCAGCCGGUAACUAUACAUCCUUCUUCGACAUUGCAUGGUACAAAGUUGCCGUUGCUGCUGUUUACAGAGGUUGUAGCCACUGGAAGAUGUUACCUCCGCGGUUUGUCUGUCAUCGACCCGGCGUGGUUAUCACAAAAGAAUAUCAGCCAUGGAAAACACGGCUGACGCAAUUUUUUAUGCUGUAUUAUUUAUACAGAGCUUAUUUUUGUUGACACGAGAUAAAGCGGGACAAUUGAGGCCAUCGAAUAAAUGUGUUGGCGCAAUGAUUUUUGACUGUUAAUAUUGAUAACUAUGACAUUAUAGUUACAAAGGAAAAAAAUUAUUGCGUUGCGUUUUACAUAUAUUUAUCCACAUACAUCGCAAUUGUUCCAUUUCAUCUUCGAUCAUGUUGGCGGUUUUGUUGGAGAUAUAUGCUAUAUAUAAUCAAGAAGAAAAACACUUUUCUACUACUUGUAUACUUUAAUGUAAGUUGUUAUUGAAUUUAGCUAAUAAAAAUUUUAAUUAUUA